CACACACAGACACACACACACACUGUGACUGGACUGGCUGCAGCAGACAUGAAGAUAAAAGCCACAGCUGUGUGGACGCUGGUCGUCUCUCUGCUGGCAACGUCCUGUCGCGCUCAGAAGCUGAACAUCCACUGGGGUCCUCAGUCCAUGAUGUAUCUGAAGGGCAAACAUGGCAGGAGGUUCGUGCCAGAGGACAACAACAGUGUUUGGAAGCAGGGUCUGCAGGACUGGUACGCAGUACUCCGAGGCAUCCAGCGGCUGCAGACUCUGGAGUUCAGUAAACCCCGUCACAUCGUGAGCUCAGAGAAAGUGCUCAUCCACUACCUCCAGGAGAGAUGAGACACGCGAAGUCCAAAUGUCUCCGCGGACCUGAACUAACAAUUCACUGAGACCAUGUCCAAACAAUAACACACAAACUUCAGCCCACACCGUAACAGCCGGGGUGCGACAGGCAGAGACACAAGCGGUGCUACAACCCGUCCCAGACGCUCAGCAGUCUGAAAACGCUGUUCCUCUUAUUCUCUAAAUGUAUUUGGAUCCAUCCGUUUUUCCAUUUCCUCAGUGAAUUGUUGUGUUUUAAAAACACGUGUGCUCUUCUCUUUGUACAGAUUUCAGCUCGUAUAUGAAGCAGAACAGAAAAUAGACAAAGUGCACUGAAUAAAUAUGA